AUGUCGAACGAUGACAAUCCGAGGAUGGCCGUGAGUGUGAUUGAGAACGGGGCGUUUCUCUACAUCAAGAGGCCAGCGAACCCCGAGUUGCUAAGAUACCUAUGGAAGCAUGUGGCGAGGGAGAGCAUGCGCGUGAUGAGAGAGCGCGAAAGGCUGAUUGCAGCCAGCUACAUUACGCCUCCGUGUGGCACCGAAUUUCGGGAAAUGGAAAACCCUAACAACUUGUUCAAUAUGGAUAAGGGGAAGCGUAAAAGAAACGAUUCUUAUAACGAAAAAUACGUUGAAAACGAACACAACUUCGAUAAUAGUAUGAUGAGCCAAGGAAAUGUGAAGAGAAAGAUGUGUACCCACUGGACUAAAGAGCUACACGAGAAAUUUGAGGAGGUUUGUUAUCAACUAGGGGAUGGAAGUAUAUAUCCAAAGGAGAUAGCGGAGAAGAUGAAUGUAGCUGGCCUAGAAAAAAAGCACGUGGCGAGUCAUCUUCAGAAAAUUCGUCAAGCUCGCGGCAAAGAGCCAGAGUCAUCUGAUGGUAAGAGGUCCAGCCACAAGGAGAGACGGUUCGGGCGCAUGCCCCAAAUCAUGCUGGAAAAAUUAAAAGAGCGGGUCCACGAUCAUUCAUCGAAUAGUGAGAUGGAGGGUAGGGUUACUGAAAGAAGGAUGACUAACCAGUCAUCCGAUGGUGAGGGGUCAAGCCACAAGACAAGUCGGUUCGGGUCCAUGCCCGAAAUAAUGAAGGACAAAUCAAAAGGCUGGGUCGACGAUCAUGAAUCGAUAAGUGAAAUGGCUAAUGAAACAGGGAUGGCUAACCAGCCCACAUUUGAUAAUCUGCAACAUGAAGCACUCUAUGCAAAUCUAGAAAAUAUUGCUCAAGACAUUCACUUUUCUUCAAGCCACUUAUCAUUUGGUGAUAUUGAGUAUUAG